AUGAUUUUUACAGAGGCGCCUAUUACUGAAUAUGAGCGUUCAAGGAAUGAAGAAAUAAUGAAAAAUGACCGAGAGCUGGAGAGGCUUGGUAUCAAGACAUUAGUGCCCAUAGUGAACAAUACAUCUGUGGAGAGAAAGGGUGAAGACCAUGAAGUUUCUGGAUCGUUGUAUAUAGGUCAGGAGAGUGGUCAGGAGAGUGAGGACUGUGAAGAUGAGGAGGUUAUUAGCAAGGUUGCUAGUGCUGCACAUACAAAGAAUCCAACAAGGUCUGGGAACACCUCUGUUAGAGGAACAAAAGCAUCUAAAAGAGUGGUGGCACCUCAGGAACAAGAUGUGCCUAACAGAGUCACUAGGCAGAAAACAAGGGAUCUAGCCUUGGUUUCAAGUCCAGACCCACAACAAAGACAAGAGAAAUACAAAGAUGUACAACCUACUGCUAUUGAUCUUUUCGAGGACUUCCACUGCAGCAAGAACAAAGGAUUCAGUGAGCCUAUCAAGAAAGCUAUUGCUGAUAUGGAAGCGAUCAUGGCUGAACCAGUACAAGAUGAAGAGCAACCAAAGUCAGUGAACUAUGCUGUUUCUCAAGUUGUGAAAUCAACUACAUUUCUUCAAAUUGUAGGAAUUCAACCAAACUCCAACAAUAGCUCUAAAGGUUGCACUUCCUCAAAGGUGCAACAACUUCGAGCUGAUCUUGAAAUUGAAAAAAAAUCAAAAGAAGACCUUAGGCAUGAGUUUGAAGCCAUGAAGAAAGAAUCAAAAAUGACAAUGGAGACUUUAAAGAAAGAGUCAGAAAUGGCAAGGGCAAAACAGGCUGAGGAGAUCAAAAAAAUAAAAAAGGCAUCACAAGAAACCAUGUCCUUUCGUCAAAUGCUUGGUCCUAGGGAUGGUUGA